AUGACUGACAGACGAAGAAUCAAUGGGCCGUCUGGCGGCACUCGGCCUCCAGUCUUCGCCUCUUCCAUCGAGUCCACUACCACUACGGCAGAGCGACCACAACGACAAAGGCAGCCGAAUGAGCUGCGAAAGAUCUUCCUUAAAACCGGUCUCAUCCCUUCUGCGUCUGGGUCCUCCUACCUUGAAUUCGAACCAUCAGCCUCUCUCUCCGCUGCGCGGACAUCACCUAAAUCCUUAAUACCACCUUCUUCGUCCCUGAAACUGGCAUGCACAGUACAUGGACCUAAGCCACUCCCUCGAUCCGCAACAUUCUCUCCGAAUCUCGUUCUCACCACUCACGUCAAAUACGCACCAUUCGCCGCCCGCAAGCGCAAAGGGCAUAUCCGCGACGCCAGCGAACGUGAUCUCGGCGUACACUUAGAAACCGCUCUCCGGGGCGUGAUUGUCGCAGAAAGAUGGCCAAAGAGUGGCCUCGAUAUCACCAUCACAAUCCUAGAAGCGGAGGAUGACCGGUGGUGGGCAGACGCACCCGACUCCCAUGAUGCGGCAUGGGGGAUGAUGAAUGUUCUCGCUGGAUGCAUCACGGCUGCUUCUGCGGCUAUUUCUGAUGCUCGUAUUGAUUGUCUUGAUCUUGUCGCUGGAGGUGUGGCUGCCGUGGUUGCUGAUGAACAUGCCGAUGGGAGCACCUCUGCUCCAAAGUUGAUGCUUGACACGGAUCCGGCAGAGCAUCGAUCAAUAUUAUCGGCUUGUGUGGUUGCUUAUAUGCCUGCGCGGGAUGAAAUCACUGAGCUCUGGCUGAAGGGCGACAAUUCAAAAGCGGCGGUUGGGACAGUAGACCGGAGCCUGAGUCACGAAACUUUGAUAGACGGCGCUGUGGAUGCAGCGCGAGGAGCACACUCGGUCCUCGCAGAGGCUGUUCGGGAAUCAGCGAUGCGUUUCGCUGGGUUAUCGAAUGGGGAUUCUACGUAA